UAAUGCACGUGUUGUUUAAAUUUGUUUGUAAACAAAAGUGUUCUUAAAUGAUUUUUUAGCUGCAGCACGGCAAAUUAGCUACAAAACAUGUCACGAAUUAUAGUCAAACAGCUUCCCAAGCAUAUUACCGAGGACAAACUUCGUCAGAUCUUUGGUGCCCAGGGCACGAUUACGGAUCUGCAACUAAAAUACACGCCCGAUGGAAAAUUCCGGCAAUUCUGCUUCGUGGGUUACAGCACCGAGGAGGAGGCCCAGUCGGCCAUCCGGCACUUUGACAACACAUGCAUUCAGACCAGCCGGGUGCGCGUCGAAUCCUGUGCUGCCUUGGGCAGCGAAGAUAAGCCACAAUCUUGGAGCAAGUACGCCAAGGACAGCAAGAAGAACCUAGACAAAUUGAAGGAGAAGGAAAGGGAGGCGGCGGACAAGGCCAAGGAGUCUGAGAAAAAGAAGAAGAAAGAGAAAGUUGACAAGGUGGACCAAAUUUUGAGCAGACACAAGGACGAUCCGGAAUUCCAAGAGUUUCUAGAGGCGCAUGACAAGUCGCGAACCCUGUGGGGAAACGAUUUGGGAAUAAACAAAAACAAGGACGACGACGAAGAGGAUGAAGAAGAGCAGAAAGAAUCUCGAGUUGGCAGAGAUGACAGUGGAGUGGAUGCAGAUGCAGGAGAUGAGGAUGGCUCAGACGAUGAGGCAGAUGAGGAAGAAGAUACCGAUAAAUUAGCGGAAAAGCCCAUCAGCGAUCUGGAGUAUAUGAAAUCCCUGAUGGCAACCACAUCCGGCGAAGCUACCGCAAAGAAACCCAAAACCAAAGCGGAUAAAUCAAAUUUGGAGCUGUUCACCAUCAAAAUACACAAUGUACCAUACAACACCAAGCGCCAGGAGGUGCUAAAGUUUUUCAAGCCCCUGAAACCGUACUCCGUUCGACUUCCCAGCAAAGUUCACGGCUUCUGCUACGUAGGUUUCAAAACUGAGAAAGACAUGGCCAAGGGAAUGCUUAAAAACAAGAGUUUCAUCAAGGGCAAGCAAGUAUUCUUCUCUGACUUUACCGAGAAGAACAAGGUGACCAAAGCGAGCAAGAGUGGACAACCAUUGGCACCAGCCGCCGUCGAUGCGGGCAAUGCGAAGUGGAAGCAUCAGCAGGACAGUUUAUCCAAAGAAGAUGACAUCUCCGAGUCCGGGAGGAUAUUCUUUCGUAAUCUAGCCUACACUACUACCGAAGAGGAUCUGCGCAAGCUUUUCGAGCAGUUCGGUCCCGUGGUGGAGGUAAACCUGCCCCUCGACAAGCUCACACGGAAAAUCAAAGGCUUUGGCACAGUUACGUACAUGAUGCCGGAGCACGCAUUAAAGGCUUUUAAUACCCUCGAUGGCACUGAUUUCCAUGGCCGCCUAUUGCACCUUCUGCCCAGCAAGGACAUCGAAAAGAAUCCGAAAGAGGAUUUGGAUGAAAACGAUGCCAGUCUGUCAUUCAAAGAGAAGAAGGCCUUGAAACUCAAGAAGAACGCCCAAAAACCAAUUGGCUGGAACACAUUGUUUCUGGGUGCCAAUGCUGUUGCAGAAAUUCUCGCCAAGCAAUUUAAGACCUCAAAGGAACGCAUACUGGACACCAGCGAUGGUGGCAGUAGUGCCGCCGUGCGCUUGGCUUUGGGAGAAACCCAAGUCGUCAUCGAGAUGAAGCGCUUUCUGGAGGAAGAAGGCGUUCGUCUUGAUGCUUUUGAUGAGCCCGCAAAGAAACGCUCCAACACUGUUAUACUGGCCAAGAAUCUGCCAGCGGCCACAGAAAUUUCAGAGAUUACCCCCAUCUUUAGUCGAUUUGGCCCAAUUGGCAGAAUUGUGCUACCUCCCAGUGGCGUUACGGCACUUAUUGAGUACUGUGAUCCUUUGGAAGCGAGGCAAGCCUUUAAAAAGUUGGCCUACAGCAAAUUCAAGAAUGCCCCACUCUAUUUGGAGUGGGCUCCCGAACACGUCUUUUCCAAGACGCUUAGUGGAGAGCCAGUGAUUCAUAAAUCGGAACCGAAACCAAAGGAGGAGGCAAAGCCGGAGGAGAAACCGAUUGUAAAUGAUGUGAAAGCUGAGGAGGAGGAUUCUAGGGCAGAGGAUGCCGAUGAUGAACCCGAACCGAAUACAACACUAUUUCUACGGAACCUCAACUUUAAGACCGUACAAGAAACCGUGGAGAAACACUUCCGCCAUUUGGGUAGCAUUCACACUGUUGAAAUUGCUAAACGAAGGGAUCCCGAGAAUCCCCGGGAAUUCAAGUCCCUAGGCUACGGCUUCAUUCAGUUCAAGAAGUCGUCAGUGGCAGAGCAUGCUCUCAAGAACUUGCAGCUCACCCACAUAGAUGGUAAUCCCGUCGAACUGAAGCGCAGCGAUCGGGUGCUCAAGACCCAAGAUAAUGAUGGUGCACAACGGCGACUGGCCUCACAGAAGAAGCAAACGGGAACCAAAAUCCUGGUACGAAAUAUUCCCUUCCAGGCACAAUACCGCGAGGUUCGAGAUAUAUUCAAGGCUUUUGGCGAACUGCGAUCCUUACGUAUUCCUAAAAAGGCGACCACGGGCGAGGAUGCGCAUCGUGGUUUCGGUUUCGUUGACUACAUGUCCAAGGCGGAGGCCAAACGCGCCUUCGACGCCCUAAGCGCCAGUACGCAUCUUUACGGUCGUCGUUUGGUACUUGAGUGGAGCGCCAAUGACGACAACCAGGACGUGGAGGAGCUUCGCAAGCGGACGGCGGCCAAAUUCGAUGGCAGUCAAGCGGCCACUGCGGCCAAACGCAGUAGAAAAUCCUUCUUCGAUGUGGAGGGCAGUGUGCAGCCAAAUCAAGAUGACGACGAAGAGGAGGAGCAAUAGUCCUCAGACGUAGCUUGAAUGUGUAGAACGUUCACGAUAUAAUAAAUAGAAAUUGUUAUUUUUAUGAACAAAA